AUGACUCUUCCUGUUCUAUUCUUUCAGCUUGGAUUUACUCUUGGCAACGUGGUUGGAAUGUAUCUGGCUCAGAACUAUGAUAUACCAAACCUGGCUAAAAAACUAGAAGAAAUAAAAAAGGACUUGGAUGCCAAGAAGAAACCCCCUAGCUCAUGAGGCGGACUCCAGUACUGCCUUCUGGAUACACCGAUUCUGCUGUUCUUGAGGGCCUCCUUACCAUCUGAACCAAAAGUUUUUGUUUUAAAUUCCAGCCUCAACAAUUUUCCUGUUAGAUCCUGCAUUGCCUGAGAACACAGAUGGGGCCACAAGUUAAGAACCACCCUUUUCCAGCUUCCUCACCUCGUCCCUUCCUCCUUCCAGCCACUUGAGACGGCAUAAGACUGGAAUUAUGGUGCUAGAUUAGUAAAUGUGACCUUUAAUUACUAGUCUCUCCUUUAUUCUUUGGAAUUUCUACUCUUUUCUAAAGAAAAAUUGAUGAGUUUUGUAUAGCUGACCAGACAUAAAUAAUGCUGAUUUCACAGUUUAGCAAUUAUAAUGGGUGUUUAAACAUGUGGUACUAAAUUAUGUUGUUUUAAAGUCAUUAAAAUUAAAGCCCAGAAGCCAGUCACUCCUGAAUUUUCCACUUAUUUUGUGCUGUUGUCAGGCAGCUCCAUAAUUGCUAAUUUAAUCAGUAAAUCAAUUUAUUACUCAUUAACUAAGAAACUAUACUUUGGGAACUCUGUCAGGAACUAGGGAGUUUAAAAAUAUGUAAAAUAAUGGCCUUUAUCCUCAGUAGAAUUCAUAGUCUAGUAUGCAUGUUUUCCUUAAUUGUGUCUUUGAUUUGGCUCUUUUCCCUCAAAAGAAUCCUACUUAUCGCAGGGGUUUACAGGUGCAUUUGACGUUACAUGACAGAUAAAUGACAAGUUGUAAAGGAAAUUUUAUGCCUCUUCACAUUAAAAAUGUAUUUACAGUAUAUCUUUAUAGCGAUUCUCGUAAGAAACUUUGAGAGUUUUUUUGUUUGUUUCCUGCGAUCAGAAAUCACCAUUGUAUGUUGACCCAUAGGUAGGGACAUCUCUUAAGUCCCUCAUUCAGCAGGAAGAAGCUACUGAAAAUGAGACCUUCACCCAAUUGCCAAAGAUUUGUUAUUGUCAGUCUGUCAGGGUGGAACACAGAGGCCACUUUCAGGCCACGGGCUUGAGCAGUAGAAACCUGAGCAAGGCAAAAGGACCCACAGUGACCACUGAGCUGAUGCAAACAGGUUCAUUAAGCCAUAGGCCCUAACCGACCAAUGGGCUACUUAAAACCAGUCACGGUCUCUAAGAUUGCCAUAAAGGGAGAAUUCCAUAGUCCCUUACUUUGCCCUAUGACUAGCCCCUCACCACCACCUCUUGGUAGAUAGUGUCUCCUUUGCUGUCCUGCCCGUUGCUCCCUUGCAGUGUAAUCAGUAAACUUCUAUUGCUUUAAAAAGGACGAAAGAAAGAAAGAAAAUCACCGUUAUAAUCUGUCAAAUAUAUAAUUAGUCCAUUUUUAAAAAUUAAAUGUUUGUAUACAUCACUUUUCCCAUGGGUCAGGAUACAAAAGUGAUUCAGAACAAAGGGCCUGUCAUACUCCUGACCUUCAGUUCUUCUUCCUGGAGGCAAGCACUGUCAGUAAUUUCCUGUAUACUUUGAGAAGGAUUAUUUGCCUAAACAAAUACAUGUGUGUAAGGGGGUUUUUACACAAAUCAGAAAUUGCACUGAGUUCACCCCUUGCCCUUUUUUCCCUCCUCCUUAAUGGAGAUCAUUCCGUAUCAGUAUGUAAGGGCCAAGAAACCUCUUUCCCUUUUUUGGCUACAUGAGAUUCUAUUGAAUGGAUAUACCAUAACUUAUUUAAUCUGUUACUGAUGAAUGUUAGAUUUCCUGUCUUCUGCUGUUACAGUGAUAACCUUGAACCUAAAGUUAUACAUAUCUGUGCAGGGUAUAGCUGUAAGCUAAACCCUAAAAGUGUAAUCUGCACAAACUGUAGAUGAAGUCCCAUUUGAUUGUGUGUUUUGUUUUAGGGACUUGUCGGGCAGCUCACUGAUAAUGCCAUUUCUGAAGACAUUUUAGCAGAUAUCAGUAAACUGGAAGAGUAAUUUAGAGACACCUUAUUUCAGACAGUGAUGACAUUAUUACUGUGUGAUUCUAAAACAGAGGGGUUUUGCUGCUCUUUGGAAACAGGGUUCUCGUACAUGGGUGUAGGUUUUAUCUCUGGCAGCUUGUCCUGGUGUGUGAUACCGAUUAGCAGCAUGUUAUGGUUUGGCUUCACCCUAGAAGUGAGAACAUGGGCAAGGCGCUUGUUUUUCUGACACUGUUGUAUUCUCUAAGAUGUGGACACAAUAUCUACCUCCUGUGGCUCACACCAGAAACAGCUGAGAUAAUGUAUGUGAUGUGUUGCACAGUGCUCUGCAAAUUACCCAAUAAAUAAUAGAUACUGGUUCAAACAUG